AUGACCGGAAGAGGUAAGGAGCAGACUUACAUUCAAACUCUUAUCCACCAAGAUGUUGUUGACAAAGACUUCUUCCAGAAGGACUACCUUUACGUUCCAUUUCAAGAGUAUCAGAUGACACCUGAGUUAGCAUCAUAUCUAGCCACAGAAGUCGGACGUUCUACCAACGUGAGUGCGAGACACGAUGUAUACCAGGAAUGUAUGUGGAAACUUGGCACAAUUUUAUACGGUAUUCUACAUGGUCACUGGCCAUAG